AUGACCAUAAAUUUGUCUCCGCCAUCGGAGCAAUUACCAGAGGAGGCAUUCGAGGAACCGAAACGAGACUGGCACAAGCGCUUCAGUGUUCCGCGGCGAAUGAGCGAACGGCGGAUAACAAUCCGACCGUAUGAGAGUUUCAGGUGCCCGCACAUCUCCGCGUCUCCUUCAAUAUUUUCCAUAUACGGCGAUGAUCCAGGACAUCUGAUCAGUGACAUUCAGAUCUGCGAGCAGCCUGUGGGUGCCCAAGCCGACGUAUUCAUCGCCUCACUAGGUGAAAGAAAUCGACGUACGUUGAAGAAAUUUCUCGAGAAUUCACCACGACAGGAAAAUCACUACUUCAUGUGGAUAAAGGAUCAAAAAUCUGAUAAGUUCACGGUGAUUUCAAUCAAAACGUUGGAAAAUCAUCUGAAAUCGUCACAACGAGUGCGUCGUGUGAAAUGGCGCCAUAUGUCGGCAGAUCGAAUGUCCGUCUAUCGAUACAGUUUGCCAGCGAUCACGUACCAAAAGUCUAAACACGCAUGCGAGUGCGUGAUGCGACGCAAGAAGAUGUGGCUGUUGGGCACAUGGCUCACGUUUAUUCUGCUAUUGUGCGUGAUCGUCGUUCUGGGUUCGUUAAGUCCCGAAGAACGAAUGCAUCCGUAUCUUCACUACAAUGCCACUGUGACACAAGUCACUCUACAAACACUGAGAAAUAUCAGUAUUGGUUGA